UCAAUUUAAAUGUUCCUUAAUACUUUAGAUCGCUAAAAUUGCUGAUCAAUGUGGUAUAAAUGAAGACAACGUCGUCCACGUCCUCAAUUACCUUAAUGAUCUUGGAAUCAUCCUGUAUUCGCCCACUAACAAGAAAUUGAAGAACACUGUGAUUAUUAACAUCCAUAUGCUGAUUGGCAUCUUCAUGAAAAUCAUCACAGUUGUGGAACCUGAUGAUGUUAAGACUGCUCCAGUAAUGAUACAGUAUUGGCGUAAGUUCGACGAAGAAGGAAUUCUUGCGGAACAGCUAGUGCGUCACUUGUGGAGAACAGACCUUACUGCUAAUCAAGAUGAUAAUGACGUCAUCUUUGAGGACUUCAUUGAAAUUAUGAAGACAUUUGGACUACUCUUCGAAAAGGGAUCUCGAGAGAGUGAUAGAGUCUUCAUCGUUCCAUCACGGAUGAAAAUCAAAACUGGCGACUUACAAGUUAGAAAAGAUGAAGAGCAAAUGGUAUCGGUCUAUGUGACCCCGAAAGACUUCCUCCCUGAUGCUGUGUACAGUGUCUUGGUAGUGAAAUUCCUUGAAUUAAGCCAGGACAAAGAAUGUACUGGCGACCCAGAGUUGUUUCAGAACCAGGCUAAAAUAGGAUUCGACAACAUGCAUUACCUAAGGCUGGGAGUUGUGCGCAUUAGCAACAAACGAUCAUUGAAGUUGGAAAUAACACGGAGAACAGAGAUAGAUGAAAACGGUAAAAGGAAACCAGCAUCAAAGCCAGAACCUAUCGCCUGCAUGGAGAUCUUACAUGUGCUUAAGCGUCAUCUUACUGACUUAUAUCCUGCUAAGGGUGAUGUCGGUUGCACCCUCACUAUUCUUUGUCCAAUUUGCUCAGUUAGUUCAAACCAGGGACAGGGACAGCGCCACCUCCAAAAUUUAGACGAUUGCUUAAAGUAUGAUUCAAUUCCAUGUGGAACAUGUUCUAUGUCAACUGCUAAGAUUCGGUUAUAUUUCAAAGCAGAAUUGAGCUUCAGUAAAGAAAUUAGAAAUUCCUACGCACUCCAAGCAUUAACCACUGACCUGGGAACUGAGCAAAUGCGAAAGUAUUUCAUGAGGAAAGGUAAGCUGAGAGGCAAACAUGAGGUCGGAAAGUUUCUGUCAUGGCAGAGAAAAAAUGGACCCUUAAGGGAUGUAGACUUUGGAGACGAAGCAACAAAGAUCUUCAUUGACGAUGUGGACAUCGACUCGUUCGAUAUUACCAUCCUGAUGUCCUUAAUUCAACAUUGCUUUAAUCUUCAAGGCGAUAAAUUCUGGGAGAAUCCACCAGAUGUUCAAGACAAAUCCGAACUGGCAAAUUUGAGACGCAUUCAACUGUACAAAGAAAGCACUCUAGACUGCAGUCAUAGCAACAGGACUACAGAUGUAGAGUUUGACAAACAGUGGAAGGAACUUGCCACGAUCUUUAGAAAUAUCGGAGUUACCAAUGAAGACAUUGAGAAAUACCACAAGCUAAGCAUAGCACAACCAGUUAGAGGAUUUGAGCAGGAAAACGUUGAAGAAAUCAGAAAUUUCCAAGUUAUUCUAUCAGCUGUCGUUGAUGUCGGCACUGUAACUAUGAGGGAAUACUUCUUGGAGGUUGCUAAUCAAGGCAAGACAAAACAAAACAAGGCUACUAAACUAGACAAAAAAGAAGUUGGACGAUAUCUGAUGAAUGAGAAAGGAAAAGGUAGCUUCAAAAAUGUAAAAAUUACUCCUGAGCAGAACGCAAAGAUGUUCACACCAACAGCUGACAUUGACACGUUCGAUAUCUCAAUUAUGUAUUUGAUAAUCCGUAACUGUUGUAGCAUUCCAUACUCAUUUUGGAAAGAUCCAGAUAGAUUGCCUAGCUUGGUGCACAUCCAUCGCUACAGGAACACAACGCUUGCACAUGCUGCCAACAGUAAAAUGACAAAUAAAGAAUUUGAGAUCGAAUGGAAGAAAGUGAGAGCAAUGCUACACGCUGCUGGUGCUUCUUUAAAUGACAUUGACAAAUAUAUGGGGCUAAGAUUUAUAAACUAAACUAAUACGCCUAAAGGCAUGGAAAGGCGAAACAGGUAUGGUUAGAUAUUACUGUACUAUCAUGUACAACACUCAACCGACGUCAUGGAACUGACUCACUGACGUCAUCAUAACUGAAUCAAAUUUUGUGCAAUGCAUGGAUUUUCUUUUUUUGUGUAUUUGUAAAUUCGAUAAUGAAACAAUUAUUUUAAAUUGAUGCAGUACUGUAUAAUAUAAUAUUUUACUUUUCGUGAAUUUCUGAUGUUUUCAAUUUUAAUGUAGCUUUUCCUGUCUUGUACUAAUGCUUGGUUAAUGUUUUAUAUUUUGUAUAAUAUGUAUUUUUGUAAAUAGGCCUAUAAUGUAGCCUUGGUUGCGAUUUUAAUACAAGAGAUACAAGAAACAGAAACUCAUUCAGAUCACUUACACCGGCACGUAUUCUCAACUACGCCCUCUCUUUUAAAGCUGCAUUCACAUUGAGUCUGAUCUGAAAUUUGGACCGCUUUUCCGUUACGCCGAACGCCGGCGGCCCUAUUCUUACAUGCUGAUCCGAUUCUAUGAUCGGUUCGGUAGGCUUUGGGAUUCCGUCGAUGUAAAUGCUUAAGCCUUCUUAUAAACUACACGACAAAGAAAUAACGGCAUAAUAAACUUUAGAUGGCAACUAUGUAUAUUAAACGUGUCGUCACUGCGCAUACAGUAGGCUAUGAUAAUAAUAAUAAUAAAUAAUAAUAAUAUUUCGUUCUUAUAUAGCGCUUCAUGCCUUUACAAGGCCUCUAAGCGCUUCACAUUACUACCCCGGUCAUUGGAUCAAACACAUAUGGAACACAU